AUGGCAUCCUCGUCCAACAUCCUCAACAACAUGUUCUUGUUCACAACACUAUCAUUAUUAUUCUUCUUUAGAACAUCAUAUGCAAAACUCACCUUAGAUUACUACAAGGACACGUGUCCACAGUUCAGCACCAUCAUCCAAGACACCGUCACAAACAAGCAGAUCGCGAGCCCAACCACCGCCGCCGCCACCAUCCGCCUCUUCCUCCACGACUGCCUCCUCCCCAACGGCUGCGACGCCUCCAUCCUCCUCUCCUCAACACCCUUCAACAAGGCGGAGCGCGACGCCGACAUCAACCUCUCCCUCCCCGGCGACGCCUUCGACCUCGUCGUUAGAGCCAAAACCGCCCUCGAACUCGCUUGUCCCAACACCGUCUCUUGCGCCGACAUCAUCUCCGCCGCCACACGCGACCUCCUCACCAUGCUCGGCGGCCCUUACUAUUCCGUCUUCCUCGGCCGCCGCGACGGCCGCGUUUCCCUUUCCUCCGCCGUCGACGGCCACCUCCCUAAACCCGCGAUGCCCAUGUCUCAGAUCGUCGAGAUCUUCACCAAACGUGGCUUCUCCGUCGAGGAAAUGGUGGCUCUCAGUGGCGCACACACCGUUGGGUUCUCUCAUUGCACUGAAUUCACCUCCGACAUUUACAACAACACUUCCUCUUCUUCUUCUUCUUCUCAAUACAACCCUCGUUUUGUUGAAGGGUUGCGAAAGGCUUGUGCUGAUUACCAAAAGAACCCAACUUUGUCGGUUUUCAAUGAUAUUAUGACACCCAACAAGUUCGAUAAUGUUUACUUCCAGAACCUUCCAAAGGGUUUGGGGGUUUUGAAAUCGGAUCAUGGGUUGUUUAGUGACCCCACAACGAAACCCUUUGUGGAAAAUUUCGCUGCGGAUCAGAACAGGUUCUUUAUGGUGUUCUCUCAGGCAAUGCGGAAGCUUAGUCUUUUGGGAGUGCAGACUGGGAGGAAAGGAGAGAUCAGACGAAGGUGUGAUCAGAUUAAUUGA